CGUCGUUCCGGGUUCGGUGAGUGCCAGCCGGCCACGACGAGUGAAGGGUUCCGCGCCGAGGAGCGGAACCGCGCAGUUCGGGAGGCAGCAUGAAGGAGCGGAACCUGAUCGAGACGGCCAAGAUGCAAGGCAACGUGCUGGAGUUGGUGGGCAGCAACCCACCGCAGAGGAACUGGAAGGGAAUAGCGAUCGCCCUCCUUGUCAUUCUGGUCAUCUGCUCGCUGAUCGUUACCUCUGUUAUCCUGUUGACACCAGGCGAAGAUGACCGUCUGGCUCUCAAGGGCAAAGUGACGGUCGAGGACCUUUUUAGAAAAGACUUCCAGGUCCACCACCCGACCGCUCGAUGGAUCAGCAAUAACGAGUUGCUGUACCGCGACCGCGACGGCAACGUGGUCCGCUUCGACGUGGACGACGACAACAAGACCAUCCUGGUGCACCACAAGAAGUUUGAGAUGUACAAAGCCAGCAAGUACGAAGUCUCUCCGGACCUGAAGCACGUGCUCCUGGCCUACAACGUGGCACCGGUGUACCAGUACUCCUACACGGCCUUCUACAUCAUCUGCAGCUUGGAGACACCUGAGACGUGGAACCUGAACCCGCCCGAGGUGCGCAACGCUCAGCUGCAGUACGCCGGCUGGGGGCCGCAGGGCCAGCAACUGAUCUUCAUUUUCGAGAACAACAUCUACUACCGCUCCACGGUGGCGAGCCGCUCCAUCCGCCUGGUGUCCUCGGGCAAGGAGGGCGUCGUCUUCAACGGCCUCGGCGAUUGGCUGUACGAAGAGGAGAUUUUCGGCUCCCACGUGGCCCACUGGUGGUCCCCGGAUGGCGCCAGGUUGGCGUACGCAACCAUCAACGACACUUUGGUCCCCAAGAUGGAGCUGCCCAUGUUCACCGGCAUGCCCUACCCGACUGGGAAGGAGUACCACUAUCCCAAGGCCGGCGAGGAAAACCCGCUGAUCACUUUGUACGUGGUCAACCUGAACGGGCCGCUUCACACCAUCGAGAUGAGGAGACCGGAUGACCCCAGGCUGAGUGAGUUCUACGUGACCAUGGUGAAAUGGGCCACCACCACCAGACUGGCCGUCAACUGGCUGAACCGAGCCCAGAACAUCUCCGUGCUGACGCUGUGUGAGGCCACAACGGGGGUCUGCACCAAGAAACACGAGGACGAAAGUGACGGAUGGCUCUACAGGCAGAAGGAGGAGCCGCUGUUUUCCAAAGACGGUCUGAAGCUGUUUUUCACGAGGGCCAUCCCGCAAGGCGGCCGGGGGAAGUUCUUCCACAUUUCCAUGUCCGUCACGCAGCCAAACACCAGCACAGACACUCUUCAGUCCAUCACGUCCGGAGACUGGGACGUCACCGAGAUCCUGGCCUACAACGAGGAAAGCCAAAUCAUAUACUUCGUGAGUACAGAAGACGGCCCGAAGCGACGGCAUCUAUACAGCGCCGACACGUUCGGCUCGUUCAACCGCCGCUGCCUGACGUGCGGCCUGCCCGCCGGCUGCGGCUACGUCGCCGGCUCCUUCUGCCGCAACAUGAGCUACUUCCUGCUCCGAUGCCAAGGGCCGGACGUGCCGUUCGUGUCGAUUUACAAGACGCAGACGGACGAAAGACGCGUGGAUGUCGACGGCGAGAUGGGCGACGGCGAGAGUAUGGUGGAGGUCCACAAACUGGAGAGCAACGAAGUUCUGCGGCGGACGCUGGACAACAUGCAGAUGCCCAUCGUGGAGUACCAGGACGUCAGCGUCGACGAUUACACUUUAUCGAUGCAGAUUCUCAAACCUGCAGGCUUUGUGGAGACGGCGCAUUACCCUCUGAUGCUGCUCAUCGACGGCACCCCCGGCGGCCAGAGCGUGUCGGAGCGCUUCGGCGCGGACUGGGCCACGGUCCUGGUGAGCAGCUUCGGCGCGGUGGCGGUGCGCUGCGACGGCCGAGGGGCCGGCUUCCGGGGCACCAACCUGCUGCACCGAGUCCAGAAGAGGCCCGGCGUCCUGGAGGAGCACGACCAGCGCCGGGCCAUCAGCAUCAUUCUGAAGGAGGCGUACAUGGACAAGACCAGAGUCGGGGUUUUCGGAAAGGACUACGGCGGUUACGUCACCAGCUUGUUGCUCAGCGGCGAGCGAUCUCCGGCCCGGUGCGGCGCCGUCCUCUCGCCCAUCACGGACUUCGAAUUAUACGCUUCGGCUUUCUCCGAGCGCUACCUGGGCAUGCCGAAACCGGACCCCCGGGCGUACGCGAUGUCCAACCUGGCGCACCGAGCGUCUCAGUUCCUGGACAAGAAAUUCCUCAUCGUGCAUCCGACGGCGGACGAAAAGGUUCACUUCCAGCAUUCGGCCAAACUCAUCGCGCAGCUGAUCCACGAGAAGGCCAACUACACUUUGCAGAUCUACCCGGACGAGGGCCACUUCAUCCGCAACGAGGCCACCCGCCAGCACCUGAGCCAGUCGCUGGUCAACUUCUUCGAGGAGUGCUUCAGGCUGCCCGAGCGCCUCUCGGGCGACGAACCGGACGACGACGACGACGACGGCGAGGACGAAGGUUAGCCUGAGCCGGUUCGGAGCAAUCCCCCGCCCCCAACCCCCAUCCCCUUCCCUCCACGAAAACGGCCCCGGUACCAUGCGACUAUCCGGUCCACGCGCCGGACCGCCAGACUGCCUCCGCAGCAGCCGAACCGUCUCCUCCCGCCAUUUCGUCCGUCCCCUAGCGGGCUCCGGAACGUUCCCACGGACGAGCUCCCGCGCGGGUUUUAACGCUCGCUGGUGAAGUUGUAAUAUAAUGAAAAUCCAACGCCUGCUCGGUAGCAUCGAUAACAUUUUUUUGCAGAGGAGGACUAUUUUCUAAAGUUGUGAUGAACUUUUCAUGUUGGGCUGUGCUUUUUUUUUUUUUUUUUUUUUUGGAUUGUUCUCAACGUACGUUACAAAAAGCACACGAAAAAACAUCCGCAGGACUUUUGAAAGACUUUAAAUGUUCCCGUUUUCGCUGUGUAGUCCCUUCGUGUUCUGUUCUGGGUGGGAAAGAAUUUGAAUUUCCUGAAUUUUUCUGUCACCUUACUGCCUUAUUUUGUCGAAAAGGUUGAACGCUCACUCAACUGUUAGCCUAGCAUGAAGACGCGAGCUAAGUUGGUUAGCCGGACUUCUCAAAAGAAACAUGGCGGUUAUGUCCUUUAAAGCGAACGUGAAUGUUUUGAAAAAAAAAAAAAAAAAAAAUUGAGAGAGUUCUAGAAGCGUGUUUACUUAAAAGUAAAGUUAGCAACAAAAUCCCACUCAUUCCUUUUUGAAGUGACGCUAAUCCUCCGAUAGCACAUUUCCCAAAAAGUUAUUAUUAUUUUUUUUUUUUUAAUGAAUGAUCCUGCGUGAUAAUAUUUGUGGAAUUCUUGAUGGAACCGCUGACGGUUUGAUGCUUGUCAAAGAUAUUUUUUCCAACUGUGUAAAUGAACCGAGCCGCAACGGCGACAUUAGCGCAAGGCUAACGUGUACAGAGUCUGCAUGGCGUGUCGUUUUCAAAAUGGCCGAGUUUAUAUUUGCUUACUAUAUUCAUAAUUAUGCUGUUGGCGACGAUACAUGCCGUGAUGUCAAGCUAUCCAAAUAUAUCAGCGGGUGACGGCGCGGAGACGUUUGUGUGGAAAUUGUUGGGAUCAACGCAAACAUCACGUCGGAGGUUUCAUAAUUCAUAACCCGCUCUUUGACAUUUUGAAUGUUCCUUAGUGGAAAAGAUCAAUUACAUCUCUUCGCCACGCCAAUGUCAUUCAACGAAAGACCAUAUUUUAUCCACGUUAUCGUCGAUUUACGUGAGCCGGCUCUUUGGUGGAAUGAAAAUUGAAUAUCGAGGCGGCAACUUUUUUUGUUUUCGACUUGUCCUCCAAAUCAAAGCGAGAGGUGGCGAACAAACGAUUCCAAUAAAUACA